AUGGGUCUCUGCUUCUCCUCCUCUCACACUUCUUCCCGCAACCCUCCUAACUACUCAGGCAAGUCUUCAACUUUCCCACUCUUUUCUCUAAUCAAAAUAUCCCAUAACCGGUUCGAUUUGGUUUUGAUUUCAGGUUCAGCGAGUGCUGACAGCAAGAACGUGGGGUUCUCGGCGACCACUAGCAGUUUCGGGAAGAGCCAAUUCUCGGAGAUGGCGAGUGGGAGCAUCGAUAGCGAAGGGUCUCUUCCAUUUUGUUCCCCUGAUGGCCAGAUUCUGGAACGACCCAACUUGAAGGAGUUCAGUUUCGGGGACCUGAAAUCUGCGGCUAAGAGUUUCAAGGGAGACACAUUGCUGGGUGAAGGUGGGUUUGGCAGAGUCUACAAGGGGUGGUUGGAUGAGAAGAAUCUCACCCCUGCCAAACCAGGCUCUGGCAUGGUCGUCGCCAUAAAAAAAUUGAACCCCCAAAGCACCCAAGGCUUCCAAGAAUGGAAGACUGGAGAGUCCGAAGUGAACUUUUUAGGAAGGCUUUCCCACCCCAACCUGGUCAAGUUAUUGGGCUACUGUUGGGAUGAGGAAGAACUUCUUCUUGUGUACGAGUUCAUGCCUAAAGGAAGCUUGGAGAAUCAUCUCUUUAGAAGAAAUCCUAACAUAGAACCACUUUCUUGGAGCACCCGGCUUAAAAUAGCUAUUGGUGCAGCUCGUGGACUAGCUUUCCUGCAUGCCUCCGAAAAGCAAGUCAUAUACAGAGAUUUCAAGGCCUCAAAUAUACUUCUCGACGGGAAUUACAAUGCAAAAAUAUCAGAUUUUGGCUUGGCUAAAUUGGGGCCAUCUGGGGGACAAUCACAUGUAACUACCAGGGUCAUGGGCACAUAUGGUUAUGCUGCUCCAGAAUAUAUCGCAACAGGCCACUUGUAUGUGAAGAGUGAUGUGUAUGGAUUUGGUGUAGUGCUGCUUGAAAUAAUGACAGCCAUGAGGGCACUUGACACAAGAAGACCAACAGGGCAGCAGAACCUGGUUGAAUGGACUAAGCCUUGUCUCUCUUCCAAGAAAAAGUUGAAAACAAUUAUGGAUGGUAGGAUAGAGGGUCAAUAUUCACCCAAGGCUGCAUUGGAAGCAGCACAGCUUACUCUAAAAUGCCUAGAGCAUGACCCUAAACAGCGUCCUUCAAUGAAAGAAGUACUUGAGGGAUUGGAAGCCAUUGAAGCUAUCCAUGAAAAGUCCAAGGAAUCCAAAACCCGCAAUUCUCACCACACUUCUCAUCAGCAUCCUCGGCAGAGAGUUGUGAGGGUAUAA